UUUACCCCGGGUUUCACCGGAACAUGACCCGUCCUCUCCCGGUCGUUGUCUACACGUUUGUAUUCCGCGGUUUGUGAAACUAAACUCACCGUGAGCGUUUUUAUUUCUGCGUUUGUGAACUUCAGACAGAAUGAGUAAAGCACACCCACCCGAGCUGAAGAAGUGAGUGUUUGUAGAAACCUGAAGUAUCAGUCUUUGAUCCGUUUACUGUGUUAGUGAUGAAGCUGCUGACCUGACUUUGUUCAUCGGAAGACAUGCUAACAGCAGCAGCUAGCAUGUGUGUUUGCUCAUGUAUGAUUUAUUUUCAUGUUUUUCUCUUUUUCUCUCCAGGUUCAUGGAUAAAAAGCUUUCAUGUAAGUAAAGCUGACAAUUAUAUGUUUAUGUUUUUACUAAAGUCUCCUCAGUUCAGCCUUUUACUGAUUCAUGAAUGUAUAAGUGGAGGUGUUUUUCUCGUGUUUUUACUGUAGAAUUAAAGUUUAUCAUGAUUUAGAUGCAAAUGUAAUAAAAGACAUUCUCAGUUACUGAAUUUCACCUCCAGGCUUAAUAAAGUCUAAAAAGGUGAAAAAAUAGUCAUAAAAUAAAGAGACAAAGAUAUAAAUAAUCAAACUGAAGUAUUAAAGAGCUCAGACUGCAAAUGUGAAAUAAAACUUUCAGAUUAACAUUCAGAUUUAAUCACAUGAACAGUUUCUGAACCGAACCAGGACUGUCUUUAAAGUGGACCAGCUCACAUAUAUUCUUUAUUUUGCAGUGAAGCUGAACGGAGGCCGACAUGUACAGGGCAUCCUGCGAGGGUUCGAUCCCUUUAUGAACCUGGUGGUGGACGACUCCAUCGAGAUGGGUCCUGGAGGACAACAGAACAGCAUUGGCAUGGUGGUCAGUGUCUUUACAGGAGAUGUUACUCAGGAGAUUAAUAAUAAUAUAAUAAUAAUAACUUUAUUUGUAUAGCACUUUUAAAAACAGAUGUUUACAAAGUGCUUUGACAUCUAGUCAUAGAGCACAUGGAAAAACACAGAUAAAAACAAAAAGCUCAGUUAAAACAGAGUUGAAGGCCAUUUUCAUGUCAUAAGGAACCCAGACAAUACAGGAACCAUGCAACAUAAAAGGAGACCAUGAGGACCAAAAUAAAAACAUAAAAUAGUUAAUAAAAAAGAAAAUGCAAUUAAAAGGAAGGGCAAAAGCGGAAACAGGAUAGUAAAAAUAAAAUCAAUAACAAGAAUGUUAAUAAAAUAACAGGUAAUCCUGAUAAUAAUAGUAAUGAUAAAAUAGAGCAACAGAACAAUAAAAGGCCUAAAAGGUUAAUUAAGAAAAGAGUACAAGUUUAACAGAAGCUAAAUAGACAGUAAAGCCGAAAUAAGAUAAAGGGAAAAGAGAUAAGAGAUGACAGAUGACAGAUAAAAGAUAUAAGAUAAAAGACGGUAUCACGUAAUUGCAAGUCUGUAAAAGUGAGUUUUUAAACAUGACUUAAAAGAAGUGACUGUCUCUGCAGGCCUAAUCUCCUCUGGCAGGUCGUUCCAAAGUUGAGGAGCUCUGAUGGAGAAAGCUCUGUCACCUUUAGUUUUGAGUCUCGACUUUGGAACGACCAGGAGGCCUUCGCCAGAGGAUCUGAGGCUGCGAGUUGGCUCAUAGGGUAUUAAAAGCUCUGAAAUGUAGUUUGGAGCAAGUCCUUUGAGUGCUACAAAAGUAAUCAAUAAAAUCUUAAUAUUGUCACUUAUUUUUAUUUUUAUAUAUUUUAGACUUAUUUCUGUUUGUUUUAUAUAAAUAUACCACAAACAGGAAGAGACAGCAAGAGUGAGAAGAUGUGUUUUACAUCAUUUACAGAGUUUUAUGUUUAUAAAAGUGGAGGAAAGACAGAAAGGAAUGGGUUACUGAGCAGUCAAACCAUCCUUUUUAGUGCCUCACUGAGUGAAACAACUUGAAAUCUCAGAGUGUCAGCCAUGAUAGGAGCUGUUUAAAUCCGUCUAAUGAUAGGGAAAGGUGCCUCAUUGCUUCCUUUAUUACGUCUUUCAGUAUAGGCUAGACUGGACCAUCCUUUAGGAAAAGGGGAAGAAGGAAAAUGACCCAUUAGGCUCUAAUACCAUCUACAUUUAAAGUAAAACUCCUUUAAACAUGAAUAAGAACAAAUCAUCAGUAUAACAGCUGCAGCAGCUCAAACCAAAUUCACUGAAUUAAAUAUAUUUUUUUACCAAAUCAAACUGAUGAUUCAUGAGAUAACAUUUGACAUACAUUUUACAUUAACCUUUGGAAACUCAUAUUUUUUUGUCAAAUUCCAUUUUUUCAUCAUUGGUUUCAUGUCAAAGAGAAAAAGUCGUUGAGUCAGUUUACUGGAUUAUUUCUCUCUAUUCUCUGCGCAGUCUGCAGCAUUUCUGACAAAGAGCAGCUGUACCUGCAAACAUACUAAAGAGUCCACAUCUACAACUAAUUUCCAUCAUUCAAUGAAAAUAUGUCACAACAGAAAAAAUCAGCAUGUGCUUGUCACAAUCCACCAAAUUCUUUGUACAUCAAGCCCAACAACUGCAAUUUCUACCUCCAGGUUGUUCAGCAAUGCUUUUAAUUUUCCCAGUGAAACAGUUCAUGCGGCUUCAGCCCUCUCUGUAGUUCAUUCUGAGAGGAGGGAGCAACACGUUUUAGCUCCUUUUUACCGUCUCAGUUCUAACUUGAAGGACAAACACAAAGAAAAGCUUUUGAGAUGGAAGAGUUUAAAUUCCUGUACUCUUCGGUUUAAUGUAGGUAAAGAGGUAUAAAGGAAGAAGACCUUCCCCAAUGUUUGAGUCUACCCAAUAACUAAAUCAGUUAGGGUUAUUUAAAAAGCACUUUUUUAUCACAUGUUAAGUCAGUGUGCUUUACACUGGGUUAGAAACCUACAACAACGUGAAAAAUUGCUUUCACUGGUAUGAAUAAGAUACAGAAAUCAAAUCAAAGCAUGCACCCAGGGUAUAUCAAACUGCAGAUUUACUUGUGUGUGAUUAAUGUGUGUCUUUGUCUCUUGCAGGUCAUCAGGGGAAACAGCAUCAUCAUGUUGGAGGCUUUAGAGAGAGUUUGACGGAGAAGAACCAGCCGCACAUUUUUACUUCAUGUUUUCCUUUUAGAUUUUUUGUUUUCCUGUCUGAAAAAUGCAGAGGCUUGAGCUGUAAGACUUAUUUCUGUUUGAACAUGUUUUGUUAAAUCUUGUGAAUAAAUCUUUUUUCCUUUGUAUUUUGUCUCUAUUCAGUCAUGAAUGUUUGUGAUCAGGUCAUAAUUUAUCAAGUUUGAGGUUACAGUUGGGUCAACGUAAGAAAUAAACAGUGAUUACUGUGUUUAUGUCGAAUCUUUCAAGCACAGAUACAGCCAGAGAUACACAGCAACAGUUCAUGCCAAGUUUAAGUCUGAAAAUAUGAUAGGAAGUAAAAAUGUGCUGCGCUCAAAACAACCCUUUAUGUAUGAAAAAGAAAAUUCAGGUUAAAUCUGAUUAAAAGACUUCAGAUGA